CCAAAACGGCAAACCACUCUCUUUAAAACGAGAGCGUCUUUUAAACGCACAGUAAAGGAAAAUGCUAAAACUCGCUGUCCGACUCGGUGCAAUCUCGUCUCCACCUGGCUCUACCAUGCUCGCUUCCUCAUUUUCUUCUUCACCUUCUGCUUCGAUUCUCGGUUUCAGAAACAAAAACCCUAGCUCUCUUUUCUUUUCUUCUUCUACGCACUUCAGCAAUGGAACUGUCGGCAACCGAGUCGUUUUCUCUUCUCACUUCCCUCGCUCCGUUUCACUUCGGUGUUUCGCUUCUUUCCCUGGAUUCGAUCGAGUUCAAGUUCAGAAUCCGAUCGUCGAAAUGGACGGUGAUGAAAUGACGAGGAUUAUUUGGAGUAUGAUAAAAGACAAGCUUAUAUUUCCUUAUUUGAAUUUGGACGUAAAAUACUUUGAUUUAGGGAUAUUAAAUCGCGAUGCAACUGAUGACAAAGUUACCACUGAAAGUGCUGAAGCAGCUCUAAAGUACAAUGUUGCCGUCAAAUGUGCCACAAUAACUCCUGAUGAGGCAAGAGUCAAGGAAUUUGGAUUAAAAUCUAUGUGGAGAAGUCCUAAUGGCACUAUUAGGAACAUCUUAAAUGGUACUGUCUUUCGUGAACCUAUCCUAUGCAGGAAUAUACCAAGAAUUGUUCCUGGUUGGAAGAAACCCAUAUGUAUUGGCAGGCAUGCUUUUGGUGAUCAGUAUCGUGCCACUGAUACAGUGGUUACCGGACCAGGAAAGCUUAAAAUGGUUUUUGUCCCAGAAGAUGGAGACAAGCCAGUGGAGCUUGAAGUGUAUAAUUUUAAGGGCCCUGGCGUAGCACUUGCUAUGUAUAAUGUUGAUGAGUCAAUUCGUGCUUUUGCUGAGUCCUCUAUGUCAUUGGCUUAUUCAAAGAAGUGGCCUCUCUACUUGAGCACAAAAAACACUAUUCUGAAGAAGUAUGAUGGCAGGUUUAAGGACAUAUUCCAGGAGGUGUAUGAACAAAACUGGAAGGACAAGUUUGAAGAACAUUCUAUAUGGUAUGAACAUCGGCUUAUUGAUGAUAUGGUGGCAUAUGCCGUGAAAAGUGAGGGCGGAUAUGUUUGGGCAUGCAAAAAUUACGAUGGAGAUGUCCAGAGUGAUCUACUUGCUCAAGGAUUUGGCUCUUUGGGCCUGAUGACUUCUGUCUUGUUGUCAUCUGAUGGGAAGACUCUAGAAGCUGAGGCAGCUCAUGGGACUGUAACACGACAUUUCAGGCUUCAUCAAAAGGGACAAGAAACCAGUACAAACAGUAUUGCUUCCAUAUUUGCAUGGACACGAGGCCUGGAGCACAGGGCCAAACUAGAUGAAAAUGAAAGGUUGCUGGCCUUUGUUCAUAAGUUGGAGGCUGCUUGUAUUGAGACAGUGGAGGCAGGAAAAAUGACCAAGGAUCUUGCCAUUUUAAUCCAUGGACCCAAGGUCUCAAGGGAGUUAUACUUGAGCACAGAAGAAUUUAUUGAUGCUGUUGCCAUAAAUCUCAAGUCGAAGCUUUGGGAACCAGCCCUGUGUAAGUCGACACUUACAUGAAGUUGUCAUUCAAGUAAUUUCCAAGGGUUAAAGAAUUUUUUUGAAGAGGCCAUGUACCUUGUUAGGACUCACUCGGCUUUUCUUUUGAUCAAGAAUGCCAAGUAGAUAGCAUAGCUCUAUUUAAAAACACAAUAAUAUGAUGAGGCCAUUCUUAGAUAACAUGAGUAAGGAGACUGCUUAAUGAGGUACAAAGAACAUUCUGAAUGUUUAAGCCAUUAUUUAAAUGCGAGGACUUUGGAACCACUGGAUGUACAUUCUUAUGAAGCUGGUAUACAUGACACCUAUUUGACA